UAUUGUAAUUGUGUUUUUAAGUCCAAUCAUUAGUUUCUACUCAAACAAACUGAGUUUGUAUUACUUAACAUGUGUCAUUUCUUUACAUUAAUUAUGAAUUCAGAGUAAACUGUACUUUUUAAAGGCCUAUCUUAUUGUAAUUAUGUGUUUGAGCUCAAACAACUCAAUAUCAUCAAGUUUUGCCUGUUACUAGUAGCAACGCAUCGACGUCACCCAUGCAACCGCCAAAAAUCUAGUUUAUACCAGUUUUGACAGAGUCGCAUUGAUGACUCUGUCUUUGUUCUGUUCCAUCUCUGUUCUGUCUCAAAAGUUCAAAGAAUUCAGCUGUUGAAAUUUUCGACAACUGACGUUAUAGCAAGCAAGUUGUUCGACCCAAGUUUGAAGCCUUCGGUGAAUGAACUGAGUUCAGCCACAAAACGACAGCUAACGUUAAUGCAAGUUGAGCUGAGCCUGACACCUGAAGCAGCUACCUAUCGUUAGCUCAGUCACGGACCAGCGAACGUCCGGACAGCUAAAGUUGAGCUGAGACGGAGAAGCAGCUAGCCACACAACUGCAAACAUCCUGUUGGCGGUGCAACAGAGAAUGCUUGUGAGAGUUAUUUUCAGUGAAGCAGACAUAAGGAAGGUGGAACUGACGACAAAGCCUGAUACAGUUGACCUUUUAAUUAGCUCCCUUAAAGAUGUUUUUCAAAUAAACUAUGACUUCAGCUUACAGUUUAAAGAUAUCAACUUCGACAACGAACUGUGCAAUCUAACAGAGAUAUCAGAGCUGCCUGAGCGACCAACCCUUAAAAUUAUUCCAGUGCUUUCUCUUGUGCCCGUCCCACGGUCAACAUCAAGUGAAGAACUAAGCAACACACCCAGCCAGGCAGACACGGACAUCCUCUCCAACUCCUCUGAGGAAAGAAAACGCCAGUGGCCAGAGGUAUUUGAUAUGUAUAUACCGAAAUUCUCUGUCGAUGUGGAAUAUAGACUGCGUCAAGCAAACCUGCUCCAUCUCAGGGAUGGAACACACCUCAUUCCAUCAAAGGAGCUCAAGCACGACAUCCUCGAGAGGCUGGCCGAGACCAUAUAUGCCUUGAAAGCAUAUCCAACAAAUGCAGAAUUUGAAGCUGUUGCCUCAGCACUGGUGCGAGCACACCCAUGUCUCAAAGAACAAGGAUCAGUGUCCGGUUGGAGCGGUUGGAAAAACAGCUUGAAAUUCAAGAUGGGGAAUUACCGAACAAAAAUGCGUCAGCGGGGUCACCGUGAUGUCACCGUGAACGGCGGUAAACAUGGAAAGCAAUCUUCUUGUGGAGACCCACCUAACAAGAGAAUCAAGAAGCCAAAGAGAGGAGAAGUCAAUUACUUACCAGAUUAUCCAGAUGGACAGGAUGACUCCAGCCUUGAAGAUGCUCGACAGCUCAUGGUGGACGAAAUGAAAAAGAAAACCCCAAAUGGAGCCCUCAUCAAGCAGAAGAUGGAUCUGACAUUCGCUCUUCGAAGGAAUGAAGUUGUGAAGGACAAGCCUGCCAUCACCCAGAUAUGUCAACGUUGGCCAGCUCUCUUUACUGAACACCAGGUGUGUCUGGAGUUCAGCAGGGUGGUUGGUAAGAGCCUGAGACAGGAGUUCUACGAGGCCCUAGACCAUCACAGUCCCAGGCUCAUGGAAAUCUUCAAGGCAAAGAGGGGCCUCACAGGGCAGGUCUUGGCUGACCUGAUGCGACAAACAAAGGCUUCGGAUGUGACAGAAGUCAGAUGCCUUGUCCUCAGGGGGCUUCCUGUCAUUCUUGGCGAUGAUCCAUCCACCUUCGUCAAGGCCUGCUUUGACGUUGAUGAUGAGGAAGGUUUGUACAAUGAUGUGCCAGUGGGGAUCCUCUGCCAUGAACAGGAAAACAUCACUCCACACACGCAGUCCCUUCACCACAAUGCAUCCUCAGUGGGAAUCAUCUUGGAGGGAAACAUUGUGAUGGAUGUUGAGAGCCUGCCCCAGGCCAUGUACAUUGUCUUCGGACUUACCUAUGCACUGCACCUCAACUACCCAAAGUACAUGAAGAACACUUUUGAUUUUUUUCAACAGGUACUUCUGAACUUAGGUAAGACAGAUCUAAAACCUAAACUUCAAACACUCAAGAAUCAACUUGCAAUGUAAGAUCCAGCAUCUCCUCUUCCCAAGUCACAAAUGGGUUUUUUUUAUUAAUUGGCAGUAAAAGUAAAGUAAAGUGAAGAGAGAGAGGGUAAGGAGAGAAGGACAGACUAAAAAAAAUGUUACAUGGGGAUAGAGAAAGCAUGGGGGGUCGUGAGGAGGGGAGACAGAGGGAGGAGGAGGGGGAAGUAUGGGCUCUAGAUGGGUAUCUACUGUCAGUUUUAUUUUUCACCCUUAUUCUGUCUCACACAUGCUUUAUUAUUUUAUUAUUUGAAGAGAAACAUUUUUUGUUAAUGAUCGAGUUCACAAUUGCCAAGAUGGAGGAGUGGGGUAGAGAGAAGAGGGGUGGAAGAGAGAAAGGGAGGUAGAGGUGGAGGGGAGAGUAUGGGCUCUCCAUACAGGUAUCUGCUCUGUUAAUUUUUUCACCCUCCCGUUCUCUCUUCUUUCAUUCUCACACACUUUUUUUCCCCCAUGGACACAUUUGUUAUUUGUAAAUGUUAAGAUGCCAGUGUUCAGCAAGGCUGAGUUUUAUCUUGCCAGUUUGUCAACCAAAUUUGAAGAGUAAAUGUUAAGUGUUGAAGUAUAAAUGUAAGAUGCCAGUGUUCAGCAGGGCUGAGUUUUAUCUUGCCAGUUUGUCAACCAAAUUUGAAGAGGCGCAGUACAAUAUUGUAAUGAUUGGAGGUAAAGAGGAAGAUAUUUUUUUUCUUUUCAUGCCAUCACUGAGAUAACGUCACACUAGAAGCCUAUUAGGCCAUGGCAUUGUUUCCUUUGUUCCUGAAAAAAAGACAUGUUCAAUAAAAAAAAUGGAUCAGUGUAAUGUUGCAGUUGUAUGUAUGUAUUUUACACGGCUCUAUUGAUUGAAAGACAUAUUUUGAGUUUCAGUAACUAAAAAAGUUAAGUUGGGUCAGUUAGAAUAUACAAUUUAGUCGAAUUGGUAAUGGAGUAAUGCUUACUUAACAAGCUGAGUUAAAUAAAUGGGUGGGAAUGAUUGUUUAAACUAAGUAUCUUCAGUUACUAUAACUCGGUUAUUAGUACAUUCAACUUAAAUGUUCUAUUCCAUUCCAUUAUGGGCUCAAGUACAUUGAACGUAGUACACUUCACUUAUUCAACUAAUGCUUCAUUACUUAAAAAUUUUAAGGCAACGAGUUACCU